AUGCACGUCUCGAGCACCCUCCUUCUUCCUCUUAGCCUGGUCGCCUUUUCCUCGGCUCUCCGAACAGGCUGCAGAGAUGGCGAGGUUGCAGUUGGCACCUGGCAGACAUGCACACUGGGCGAUCCCAGAGGCGGCCCCAGUUGCGGUGACCUACACGCAACCAUCUACGCCAACGACUGCGGCAUGAUCUCUUACUCACGAAACGAGGGAGAUAUUUGCGAUGUUGAUGGUGGCUGGCCUUCUGGUUACGGUCUUCGAUGCGACAACAACAACCCAUCGAUUGCUUAUACUACUGGAGGCAAUUUCGGCAAUUGCUAUAGGAAGGGAACCAACUGCAGCCCUAUCCCUUUCACUCAUUAUUAUGCAUCUUGGUGCUGCAGUAGGCUUUAA